UAUAGAAAAAAUGGCAGAACUCUAGUCCUAAAUUCAGCUCGAUUUAGGGGGAAAAGGAAGUAUCUUUGAGUGAUCCAGUGGCAUCCCCUCCCUCUCCGGCGGUGACCUCCUCCCCCGGCAACGGCUGUCGCCGCCGCGCUGAAUCCACCAUUUCCGAUCUCUUUCCCAUGAUUUACGGUACACUUAUUAGCAAAAUUCUCGCGAUGGAGAACGGAAGCAGCUGUUUCUUUUCCUAUGUGGGAUUCCUCAAUUUUCCUAUUUUGCUGAUAAUUGGCGCUUCUACCUUGCUUUUGUUCCGGAUUUUGUAUGUUAUAUAUCGAAGCAGCAAACAAUUAUACAAUAGUCCUCAAGGACCUCUGAGUACCUUGAUAAUUCUAGGUUCAGGUGGUCACACUGCAGAGAUGCUAAACCUAUUAGGUGUUCUGCAGAUGGAAAGAUUUAAACCAAGAUGCUAUAUCGCUGCUGCCACUGAUAACAUGAGCCUUCAGAAAGCUCGUGUGAUGGAGGACACCGUGAAGAACAAGGCAGAAGCUGGUACGAUAUGCGCUUCAGAUUUUUUGCAAAUUUACCGUAGUCGCGAGGUUGGACAGUCUUACAUAACUUCAGUUGGCACAACUUUAGCUGCUUUAGCCCAUGCAUUAUGGCUAAUGAUCAAAAUCCGACCUCGAGUGAUUUUGUGCAAUGGGCCUGGGACUUGUAUACCGCUUUGUGCCAUUGCUUUUGUUUUCAAGGUUUUGGGGAUCAGGUGGUCGUCCAUUUUCUAUGUUGAGAGUAUUGCUAGAGUCAGAAGGCUAUCUUUGAGCGGAUUGCUUCUUUACAAACUGCGGAUGGCUGAUCAAGUAUUCGUGCAGUGGCCACAGCUCAAGAACAAAUACCCCCGAGCUAAUUAUGUCGGUCGCCUUAUGUAACGACUCAUGCUCUUGCCCCUCCUUUCAGGGUUCAUCCAACUGAUCAUCGGCUGUUUAGAAAACACAGCACAAUAUGAUGUUCAUUAAACGCAAAGGAAUUGGAAUGAAACGCAGACAUAUAAGUUAUUUUCAUUUUCAACCUCUUUUCCCUUCUAUUAUGCUUUAGGCAUAAAUUAAUACAAGUUACAUUCCAACCCCAUGGCCCACCAUACAGAGGUAACAGAGCCACUGCAUGUUUCAUACUCCGCAUAAUACACGUAUCAUUUUCUACAAAAGUUGGUUUUAAUUUUUA